AUGACGUCGGUGGUUCCGCUGCCCCCAGGCUGGGCCGUGACCCCUCAGCAGCCCGGAGGAUCAUCCCGACUGGAAAAGGGGCAGUUCAUGACACCUUGGCUCCUGGCUCUGCUGACCAGGGCUGUGUUGAUCCUUCCUCCUCUUUCCCAGCAUCUCACCUUCCCCCUGCUGUCUGUCACCCUUCUGGUAUCCUUUGGCUCCUCCAUGCUCUAUGGCUACAACCUUGCUGUGGUGAACUCACCGGCAGAGCACAUAAAGGCUUUCUACAAUGCCACCUGGUUCCAGCGGUACGGACACGGGCUGGCCCCCGGCCCCCUGACCCUCCUCUACGCCCUGACUGUCUCCAGCUUUGCCCUGGGCGGGCUGGUGGGCUCCUUGCUGGUGGGGGUUCUGGUGGAGCAGUACGGCAGGACUGGUGCUCUGAACCGCAGUGCCCUCCUCGUCCUCCUGGCCGGCGGCUUCAUGGGCUUCAGCCGGGAGCUGGAAUCCCCUGAGAUGGUGAUCAUCGGCCGCUCCAUCACAGGGCUGCACUCAGGUAUCUGUCUCAGUGUGGUGCCCCUGUACCUGGGAGAAAUCGCUCCCAAGAACCUGCGAGGAUUCCUGGGCCUCAUGCCCAGCAUCUUCAUCUGCCUGGGGAUUUUCUCUGCCCAGGUUCUGGGCCUCCCAGAACUGCUGGGCAAGGACAGGUUCUGGCCCCUUUUCCUGUCAGUGGUGGUUGUUCCUGCCUCCCUCCAGCUCCUGCUGCUGCACUGCUUCCCUGAGAGCCCUCGGUACCUGCUGAUAGAGAGAAAUGAUGUCUAUGGGGCCACCAAAGCACUGCACCGGUUCCUGGGGACCCCCGAUGUCCAGGAUGUGAUCGAGGAGAUGAAGGAGGAGCAGCGGUCGCUCUUCUCCAUGGAGAUGGUGUCUGUCUGGCAGCUGCUGCGGGACCGCUCCGUGCGCUGGCAGACGCUCUCGGUGGUGGUGGUGAGCGCCGGCAUGCAGCUCUCGGGGAUCGAUGCCAUCUGGUUUUACACCAACAACAUCUUCGAGAACGCCGGGAUCCCCGUGUCCCAGAUCCCCUACACCACCAUGGGCACCGGCGCCAUCGAGGUCGUUGCUGGGCUGAUCGGGUGCUUCACAAUUGAGAAGGUGGGCCGGCGGCCCCUCAUCAUCACCGGCUUCUGUGCCAUGGGUGUCUGCUCGGCUGGCAUCACCAUCUCCCUGCUGCUGCAGGCUGCCCUGCCCUGGAUGCGCUACGUCAGCGUCGCCUGCGUGGUCGGCAUCAUCGCUGGCUUCUGCAUGGGACCAGCCGGUGUCCCCCUCCUGAUGACAGCUGAGCUCUUCAUGCAGUCGCACCGCCCGGCUGCCUACAUUGUGGGGGGCUCUCUCAACUGGCUCUGCAACUUCACCAUCGGCUUCAUCUUCCCCUUCCUGCAGAUGUCAGCAGGUGCCUUUUGCUACCUGGUUUUCUCUGGUGUCUGCCUGCUGGUGGCCCUGUACGUGUACCUUGUCAUCCCUGAGACCAAGAACAAAACCUUCAUGGAGAUCAGCCACAUCUUUGCCAUGCGCCGCUCCGUCCUCUCCGUCCCAGCCCAUCUCAUCGGCAUGAUGAAGCUCGAUGGCUAUGGGGCUUUGGAGAGCAGCUCCCUGGAGGGCUCAGGCUCCAGCCUGCCCUGA